AUGGAAGAAAUAUUUUCCCAGUUUCCAUUUAUAGACUCUGAAACAAAUACCUCAAACACGGAACAGAAACAUGAAAUGUGGGGCUCAAACGAGAAGGACAGCGGUGAUAUGGAACGUGAGAGCGAUGCCUUCUUACUGACUCCUGACUCUUCCAAUCCUGAAGACAGCUUCAUUUCGAGGGGAGAGACAGGCGACCAGAGAGGCCCAGCUUCUCCUGACGAUAUCUUGCAACAGCAAGCUGAACCCUCACUUCCCAGUAACGUGCAAGCUGCCUGUUACAGCUCCACUCAGCAUUCUCCACCGCUGCCAAUGCCCCAGCUAUUACCUUCAGAUACUGAUGCAGGAUUCACAGGAGCCUCUGAUCAUAGUGAUUCUCUCAUUACGGGGGCUAAGAGAUUUAGAGAGAUGCUGAAAAUACCAUACAAGCUGGAAUUAGUAAAUAAACCCGGCAGAACAGAUUUAAAGCAUAUUAUUAUAGAUGGAUGUAAUGUCGCAUUAAGCCAUGGUCUGAACAAGUUCAUACUACGCUUAGCGGACCAGACUGGGGGUGUCAUUGUAAGCAAUUAUACCUUCAGAGAGUUUGUGAAUGAAUCAGUGUCCUGGAGAGAAAUUAUUGCCAAAAGAUUGCUUCAGUACACGUUCGUGGGGGACAUCUUUAUGGUUCCCGACGACCCUCUGGGAAGAAAUGGGCCUUGGCUAGAAGAUUUCCUUAGAAAGGAGGGCUUUCUGGACAUGCAGCCUCUACCCAGAGCCCUGCCGAAUGUGAACAUGUUCGCCCGGAAUCAAAACACCCAAGUCGCCAUUGCCAGGUACCAGCCUACAUAUCAGAACCAAGGAGCCUCUUCAGGCCCUUGGCUUCCUCAGCAGCCCCACUUCACAACCCUGACCACCGUUCCUGGUAUACAGCAGAACCAUCUCAUGCCAGCACAGAGAUCUUCUGCAGACACCAGUGAACUGAGGGAGACCCUGCUGAAGAUUUUCCCUGACUCUGAGCAAAAUCUGAAGACUUACGAGAUCCUGGCAGCUCUGCCAUACCUGAAGAACCUGUUCGUGCUUUCCGACCUGGUGUUGGACUAAGGCUGGGCUGAGAGCCCAAGGCGGAUGCGGAGCUGCCAACUGCGGACAACCACAGUGGAAGAAGCCUUCCAGAGUGAACGGGGCUGCUCUGGAUUUCCUAAGAAAAGGAAGGGGGAUGUGUUUUGUUCUUACACAAAUCUGGAGUUUCGAAGCCAUCUUUAUUUCUAUGUAUAAAAUUUGCUGCUAAUACAGAUUUGACCUUUUGUGUAAAAGGAAAGCACAUUCUCUGCCUUUUCAGAACUGUGUAUCAGCAGUUCCUCUUGAGUGUAUUUUCAACUUUUGUUUUUAAAACUAUUUCCUUAGAGCUGAAGUAAAUCGAUAAGUGAAUAAAUUGAAUAAAAAAUCAGUGUCUCA